GUGCAAAAUUCUGCAUUUUAAUGUAGGACAGGAAAUAUGAAAAGAGCCGGGCAGAACCCAAACAGCCCCGCUGGCCAGGCCGAGCAGCAGGGAGCAAACCAAAGGCUUUGCUUGGCUGAUCCAUCCACCCAGCCGUGAUUUCCCAGGGCUCAGGAGCCGCAGGUUUUUAAAGGGUCACACUGCUGCUUCCCUCAGCUCUGCAGAGGGGUUUUUGUUCCUUCCUCUCUCUCAUGCUGUAUUUCCUGACUCCACAGUGGGAUGAGUCGGUGGCAAAAGAUUCUGAUUCCCUUUCUGGGACUGGUUUUGGCCUUCUGGUUCUAUUCUGCGAGGGACGCUUUCACACCGGAGAUGCUGCGGGGGAAGCGGGUGAUCGUGACGGGAGCCAGCACGGGCAUCGGGGAGCAGAUGGCUUAUCACCUGGCACGGAUGGGCGCGCACAUCCUGGUCACAGCACGGACAGAGGCCAAGCUGCAGAACGUGGUGCGGCGCUGCCUGCAGCUGGGAGCGGCCUCGGCGCGCUUCGUCAGCGGCACCAUGGAGGACACGGCCUUCGCCCAGCACGUGGUGAGGGAGGCUCACACCUCGCUGGGAGGCCUUGACAUGCUGAUUCUUAACCACGUUGGUGCAUCCUACUUUGGCUUUUUUGAUGGGGAUGUGGAGCACGUCCGAAAGCUCCUGGAAAUCAACUUCCUGAGCUACGUGGCCAUGACCACGUCAGCCCUGCCCAUGCUGAAGGAGAGCGAGGGCAGCAUUGUGGUGGUUUCAUCCAUGGCAGGUAAAGUCGGGUUUCCCUUUACCGUCCCCUACUCUGCGACUAAGUUUGCCCUGGAUGGAUUUUUCAGCUCCCUGAGGCAGGAAUUCGCCAUUCAGAGCAUUAAUGUUUCCAUCACGCUCUGCAUCCUCGGCUUCAUCGACACCGAGCGCGCAGUGCGCGCUGCCGCGGAGGUGCUGCAGGAGCGGCCGGCGCCGCGGGACGAGUGCGCUCUGGAGAUCCUCAAGGGCGCAGCGCUGCGCCGGAGGGAGCUCUACUACCGCUACAGCUCCACACGGCUGCCGCUGCUGCUGCGGGACUGCGCCGCCGAGCUCCUGGAUUACCUGGUGCGGAGCCGCUACCGCCUGCCCGCGCCCCCCGGCGCCCCCCGCCCGCCGCACUGACCGGGAGGGUCCCCGGGAUCCCCGGUCCGCCCCCGCACUGACCGGGAGGGUCCCCGGGAUCCCCGGUCCGCCCCCGUACUGAGCCGGGAGGGUCCCCGGGAUCCCCGGCCGUGCCCGGUUCGUGAUGCGCUGGCGGCACCCGCAGGGACAGAGCGGGGCCAGCAGCGGCGGAUCCGUGCUCUGCUCGCCACCGCCCGGCCGCGGAACGCUAAUUAUUGUUCAUUGUUAAAUAAAGUGUAGUGAGCGGA